AUGGAGAGCACACAACAGAGCCAACUGUUUCAUUUGAUCAUAGGCGGUCAGAUCAGACUAGCUGGGUCCGGGUCUACUCAGUGCUCUGGAACAGUUGAAUUCUAUCACAACAACACCUGGGGAACAGUCUGUGAUGAUGACUGGGACUUAUAUGAUGCUGAGGUGGUGUGCAGGGAGGUGGGCUGUGGAACGCCACUGGGAGCCCCCCAGUCGGCCCACUUUGGAAAAGGAACUGGACGAAUCUGGCUUAAUAAGGUGGCCUGUUCAGGAAGUGAAAGGUCUCUAACUGAGUGUCAGCACAAAGGAUUUGGCCAACACAACUGUGACCAUGAUGAAGAUGCUGGUGUCAUUUGUUCAGGUUUGCCGAUCAGAUUAUCUGGCUCUACUCGGUGCUCUGGAAGAGUUGAAAUCUAUCACAACAACACCUGGGGAACAGUCUGUGAUGACAGCUGGGACUUAAAUGAUAUGAAGGUGGUGUGCAGGGAGCUUGGCUGUGGGAGUGCUUCUAAAUCGGCGCCGUUUGGUGAAGGAGUGGGACAAAUCUGGCUUGGUGAUGUGGCCUGUUCAGGAAAGGAAACAUCUCUAACUGAGUGUCAGCACAGGGGAUUUGGCACUCACAGCUGUUCACACAGUAAGGAUGCUGGUGUGGUCUGUUCAGGUGUGCCGAUCAGAUUAGUUGGGCCUACUUUGUGCUCUGGAAGAGUUGAAAUCUACUACAACAACAGCUGGGGAGCAGUCUGUGGUGACAGCUGGGACAUAAAUGAUGCUAAGGUGGUUUGCAGAGAGUUGGACUGUGGGAGGGCACAGAGUGCCACUCAGUCAGCCUACUCCAACCGAGUCUGGCUUAAUGAGGUAAACUGUUCAGGAAGUGAAAGGUCUCUAACGGAGUGUCAGCACAGAGGAUUUGGGAGUAGCAGCUGUUCAAACAGAAAGCACGCUGGUGUGGUCUGUAAAGCAAUCCUCCCAAAGCCCAGCAUCUACAUAAAUCCUGGUGGUGAGGUUGCCUGGGGUCAGAACGCCGGCAUCACUUGUUCAAUAUCAACUCAAACUCAACAGCUUUUACUUGGAACGUUCACUCUGAAGCAGACCUCAGGCUCAUACAGUCAGAACCAAACAUUAAAAACCAACUCUGCCACCUUCAUCCUUAAAGUGGACUUUGAUAAAGAGGGAUCAUAUCAGUGUCAGUAUUAUCAACACUCCAGCUCCCCCCUAAGUGAUUCUGUCAAUCUCUCUGUUACUGUGCCUCUGCAGCAGCCCAGCAUCUACCUGACAUUUUCUAACAGAGAGCUGGUCUGGAGUCCUGAAGUUGCAGAGGUGACCAGGGGUUACAGCUUUGCUUUCACCUGCUCCAUUAACUCCACCAGUCCUGGAGGUGUUUUCUCUCUCAUCUUCUCUGGCUCCAAUAUCACCAACACCAAGCCAGCAGUCAAGGGAUCAGCAUCCUUUAACUUCCCUGUAGCUCAGUAUGAACACCAGGGAAACUACAGCUACGUGAAUCAAAUUGAGAACCAAUUGGACGUAUUGUGCAUCCAACACCAAGUGAUACGACAGACUGUCCUGGAGUUUACUGAUGUCCUGAUCCAGAUCUGGGAGGAGAUCCUCCAGGACACCAUCUGCUGUCUCAUCAGGAGCAUAUCCAGGUGUGAAUACUGGCAUGUGGGGGCCAAACACACUGCUGAGUCACAUCAUGAGUUGCCUUCAUGA